UCUUAACCAUUGCUUGCCAAAUGUCACUAAGUUCAUUCUUCUGAGGAUCUUAAUUACUUUUCUUUGAUUAAUUCGCUAAAACAUCGAGAUAACUGGUUUAUUAGAACGUCUUGAGCACUUCUGCAAACCCGCCACCUGCGAAAGAAACCGAAGUCAUACUCGAAAGUUACCCUUAAAAAACAACAUGCUUCUUGCUUUUGGUUUAGUCUUGUUCUUACUGUGUUUCUGUGACGGUAAACGUCGUCCUGCCCAGUUAAACGUUUUUCUCGACGCCAAAGAAGUAUCUCGUUUUCUCUACGAUAUCGAUAGCGCACUGUACUUGGUUCGAAACAGUAAAGUUGCACCGAUGCUCAAGAAACCCAUAAGCAAUCUAGUCCCUCCAAUCAGUCCAUCCAUCAAAGAUCUUAAGUUCAAGUUUAACACUAGCGGAAGGGUUCGAUACUUACUGUCUUUUCGCUCAAGUAACACAACAGUCAUGAAUCAUCCUCGAGCAAGUAUUGCCGUUACAGGAUUCGUACCGCGCAGAACUAAAA